AUGUCGCCUCCAUUCAGCCAGCCAGUGGUUCAACCACGUUUUUCAGAUCCGCUGCAAGGUUCUCCAGCUAGAGAAGAAGGUGAAGUUCCUGAGUCUGAGUUGGAUCCUGACACAAGGCGAAGGCUUCUCAUAUUACAGCAUGGUCAAGACACAAGAGAUCCUACACCUCCACUCCCAGAAAUACCGCCAGUGCAAGUUCCAGCUCCUCCAGUGCAACCUCAUGGGAAUUGGUUUCCAGCAGAGGAUGGGAUGAACCCAAGUAAUCUGAAUAGAGGUUCAGCAGGUUUCACUGUAGAAUCUGAUUCUAUGCUUUAUGAGAAAAAGCAACCACCUCACCCUUCAUUCUUUCAUGGUGGUGAUAAUCCUAUGUCCUCUGAUAGAUUUAGCUAUCAGAACCAGAGGUUCCCUCUCCGGUACCACAUACCGAGGCUCACCACAUGCUUCAGAACCAUGCAACUCCAAAAUACAGAUCCUUUUCUGGUUUGGAUUGUUGGGGAAAAGGUCGGUGAAGGAAUUGGUAGGACAAGGAGAGAAGCACAGCGCCAAGCUGCAGAGAUGUCUUUAAGAAACUUGGCCACUGUAGCCUAG